GGAUGUUCCGUUGUGAAGAGUAGCUGGUUGGCUCUCUGGUUGUUCUCACAUGCACCAACAAAACACAGACGCCUGGUUGACAUGUCUUCAGUUUAACUGUCUCUGUGGAGGACAGCAGAGCAGCAAGGGCCCUUUAAAGACUAAUAACAGUCUAUAAACGUCUACGAAGCUCAAGGUGGACACCGUCUGGUGAGAAAUGGCAGAGGGAGGCUUCGACCCUUGCGAGUGCAUCUGCACCCAUGAGUAUGCUAUGAGGCGCCUCAUCAACCUGCUCAGGCAAUCUCAGUCCUACUGCACAGACACAGACUGCCCUCAGGAAUUGCCAGGUCCCAAUGGGCAAGUCGGCGGAGGAGGUGACCUGACCCUCCCUAUGGUUCUGAUGGGAUGGGCGGUGCUGGUUAUGCUGCUGUUCCUGUUGCGCCCAUCCAGUCUCAGGGGUAGCCGUCCAACAGGAAAACCUACUGGACCCCACAAUAGCGAUGGAAGAGAGCCUCCUGCACCACCUGUUGACUAGCAGUGGAGAGGACCAGCACUCACCCAGCUGCUUUGACUGGAGCUGCACAGUUAGCUAGUGACUGUGACGAAGGACAGCGCCAUCUCCCCUUCAUUCAAAUAUCUUUUGCUUUUCUCCUAUUUUAAUGUCAUUGUGUUUUGGGGUAGAUUUGUCUAUGAUUCCUGUUACUAGAGCCCAACUGAUACUGGAUCGAUGAGGCCAAUACAGAUAUUUUUAAAGUCUGAUGAUGUUGAUUUUUUUUUUUACAUAAACAUACAACAUUAACAGUUUCGGCAGGUAUUGAUUAUUUUUGACAGGCAGGAUAUUUUACAGUGAAAAAAACUGAACGACAUUCAGAAAAUGUCGGGAAAUUUAAUAAUGAUGCAUAAAAUCACAUUUUUCUCACAAACAUUAAACUUGAAUUAAUGGAAGUAAGUACUAAAAACGUUGUUUUGUUUAUCUGCAGACACAUACAAGCCAAAUUUUGGCUGAUAAUAUUGGCUGACAAUGUCAGCAUGUUGAUAUAUCAGUUGGGCUCUACCAAAUCUUUAAUCAGAACGGUGUGGCAUCGUUCUGAGUCGGCCCCUGAUCUCACAGCUCUGGUGCUGUCUGGUGUGCAGAAACUCAAGACAACAAGUCAAAAUGAAGGAAUGUGUCCCAUCAUGUGUUGGUGGAGAUGGGAGCGGUAGUUAAAUUGUUGUUUGGGUGCUUCCUGAGUAAUGAAGGGUGACGGGUUCCUCAGAUUCUCUGAAACAUUCCUCUCUUUUUCGGUGCCAGUAAUGAUGUCAUAUCACGUCAUGUCUCAAUAGCAUAUUUAAACCAGCAGAAUGAUUAAAUGUAAUGAAUUCAUAUGGGUACAUUAAAUUCUGAAUUAGGAUUACUUUAAUGCAGUGACUUCAUCUUCUGUGUUUACAUCCAGGCCUCAAUUAGACUACAAGCAAAUAGUCCAGCCUGUUAUAUGAAUUAUAUGUCCAAGAACAUGUCUGUCCCUUUAAUUAACUGUGGGGUUUGUUACUGUAGUAUAUGUGAUUAAGACGGCAGUGACAGAGUCUGUUAAAGAGGUGUUGACAGUGAAAUGUUCACAUUUCAAACUAAUUUCACAUGGUUGAAAUUAACUGAAGGCAUACAGAUAGGGCGUAGGCUCUUAAGUGUGGUAAUUGUAAAACAGUAUACUCAGCACAAGCAUUUUAAUCUUGUUGAGAUGAUUCCAUGUACUGUAAUUGUUUUGUGGUUAAAAGAUAAAAACGAUCUGAAUUGUAUACUCAGUUAUUAGUAGCAGAUAAUCAUAUUUUAUUAGCACUUUUGUCGUUUCCUUAUGAAAGCGAGUUGUAUUGAUUCAGCGGUCUAAAUGGUGAUGAUGAUGAUGAUGAUGUGAAGACGAGGGCCUGUUCUUUUCUUACUGAGAAUCGCAGCAGUCUGUGAUUAAUGGGAGCAUCUUAAGUUUCUACUUCUGUAUGAUAAUAACGUCAAACCAAUUAAAAGGAAAAGAGCAAGAAAAGGUGCAUUCCUCUGAUUAGUGCCAAUGUGAAUUCAAAGUUCUGGUUCUUGUGAAAGAACAGCAAUAUUUGAGCUCAUUUUUAAUUUUAAAUGAGUUAAGAAGAGGAUGAGGGAAUGAUCUGCAGUCAAAGUUUUCUGUCUUGUUUUCUCAUUAUCAUCGUUUAUUCUACAGGGUUAUUGUCUUACAAGAUUUGUAUUUGUUGGUUUCUCUUGGUCCAGAGCUCUGCUAAAUAAGUUUACAGAAGGUUUGUCAUCUAGAUUAAAGGUUGAAAUAUAAUUAGUCAACAGAAAAACAGAAACCUCUAAUGCAAAACAAUAUAGUGGUGAAUGUUGUUUAUUUCUAAAUGGUGAUAUUUUUAAAUUUGUCUGUUGUUGGCAAUUGAAUUGUGGUACAUGUCGGAGGGUUUCCUGUUUAUUCUAGUCACUGAUAGUAUCUUUGUCGUGCCGCUGUCAUGGAAACAUGGCUAUUAAAAGUGUAUCUGGGCCUUUAAUUAUGUUCUAGGGUACUUAUGAUAUCAGAAAUUACAUGGAUUAGUUUUAAGAUUUAAGUGUCUUUCUUAAAUACAUGGUGUAAGAGUUCAGAACCUGAAUAUGAUCUGUAACAGCUUUGGGCUGAGUUCAUCCCAACAGUCUUCAGUGGCUAGCUACUCUAAAUUUCUGAUUAUAAUGCCCUCUAAAAAUGUCUUUACUACAUCCUUCUAGACUUGGGAGAUGGCAGAGAGGAGAUAUAAGGAUGGAAAAGGUUAAGUAAACCAGAAGUAGUUGUAUUUAAUUAAGGGGGAAGCCAUAUUAGAUCGUUGAGAUGAAAAAGUUGACCGGUACCACAGGAGACCUUGAUUUACACUGUAUCUGUCUAAGAGAAAAAGGGCUUCAACUAUGCACUUUUCCUAUAACAAAACAAAAAAUAAAAAUAAUUCAGUCUUA